AUGGCGACACCUGCAACACCGAAACAGUAUACCGUGCGUAUUCCCAAACGAAAUGGGUCUAGACGUUAUUCAGUUUUGAAAUUCAAUGGUACUUUAAAAAUUGAUCCAGGAAAAUGGGCAAUGGCUGAUUACAGUAUACGAAUGGCACGUGAAGAUAAUAAAGAACAAGCAGCUGUAAAUGAAAUCCGGCAGGAUUAUGGAGAAGGCUCCGAAUAUGGUAAAGCGUUGCGAGAGGAGGCACGGCGCAAGAAAUACGGCCGUCAAUUUCAGACCUACCAGCAUGACAAUCAACCCUGGGUGUUAAGUAUUACAGACCCAAGUACUAAGGAACGCAGAUUUCGUAGCAUUCGUGAAGGCGGAGCAGGGGAACAUGCAGACUAUUGGGUGUUUUUGAAAUCGGGAGAAGAAUUUCAUGCUUACAAAGUUGAUGAGUGGUAUCAAUUUAUGCCAUUUUCGACUCAUCGAACUCUUGACAUUGAUCAAGCAGAAGAACGGUUUCGUGAACGAAAUCGUGUUAUGAAUCAGUUUGCUCUUAAAGCCCAGAUACAGCAGCAAUUGAAAGCUAUGGAUGAAGAUGGCGAACAAAUGAUAAAAACAACGAAGUCGCUUAAAAUCAAAGAUGAAGCCAGUUCGGAUGAGAAUUCUGAUGGCGAGAAAGGAGACGACGAAGAUGAUGCUCCUGUCGGAAGUUCAAAACCGAAAAAGAACUCAAAACCUACUACUCGGGCCAGAAAAGAUAAGAGACAGCGAGUGGAGAAUGCGGAUGAGGUGGCAGCUUAUGAAAGUGAUGAUGGUGAUGAUGAGGGUCGAGAAUAUGACUAUAUGAGUGAUAGUGGUUCAGAAAGCGACCGAGAUGUGGUACCUAUGGAACAGAAGGUGGAUGAGGCAAUGGUUGCCGUAGGUGAUGAAACAGGUCUGAAAAAGUUAAUUGGUGAUGAUUUUUCUGAUACCGACAGUAGUGAUAUGGAUGAUACCACCAAAAAACUUCUUUUCGCUGUGGAAGAUGACGAUGGCGAUGAGAUAAAGAAGCAGUUUAUUGAUGUCGAUGAAAGAGAUUCAUCAGGUAGCGACUCGGAUGAUCCUGAUAAAGAAAUUAACUCUGCAAUUUUCCUACCUGUGAAAAAAACUCUGGAAGAACCACAAUCAUCAACAAGAAAAAGACCACUAGAAAAUGUAUCUUUCGCAGACAAUGAGGUGAAAAGGAUCAAGACCGAACAAGCGUUUACUGCACCAUCAUUAUCACCCACACAAUCGACAACAAAUCAGGAUAGUCUAAAUGAAGAAACUGUGCGACGGUAUCUUCGAAGGAAACCUCAUACAACGAAAGAAUUGCUUUCUAAAAUUAAGUCAAAAUGUGGUGAUAUGGAAAAAUCAGAAAUAGUACAAAAGCUAGCUGCUAUACUGAAGCGAAUAGAACCUCAUCAAUUCAAACAGAAGCAUGGCAAGAAGGAAGUACUUUUUUUCUCAUUAAACAAUAAUCUUGCUUAA